AAACGUCGACGAAAGGCAAUCCGCAAAAAGAUUAUGACAAAAUUCAAACUAUCGUAAAAUCACGGAAUCAAAUUUUAUAGAGAAAUUUGUGAAGCAUGUAAAUUGUAAAGAUGAUUAGCUCCGUCGCAAGGAAAUGUAUACUGAUCGGUUUGCUGUCUCGUUUGUUGAUCGCGAUUGCGUAUUUCCAUGAUUUUAGCAGAUUCGAAGGUUUCGAAGUGGGUUCGGUUGAUACAGGGUUAAUUGUCGAUUUCAAGGAAAGAAGACACGCGAAUCAUGCGUUUAAUAAAAGCUUGGAGAACGUUCAAAGAACGUUCAAGAAUAAAGCGAAUACUCUGUCGCGUCUUUUGAAAAUUCAUGUCGAUCGCUUGAGGAACGAAACUGAUCAGAUGGAAUUAGUAUUUCUUGUCGACGCAUCAGGAUCAGUCGGCCUAAAAAAUUUCCAGAGUGAACUGAACUUUGUCAAAAACCUCUUGUCCGAUUUUUCCGUGGAACCAUCGGUAACCAGAGUUGCAAUAGUAACAUUCGGAGGUAGAAGAAACAUCAGACGAAACGUUGAUCAAAUAUCUCGCAGCAGUGAGAUCGAUAAUAAGUGUUAUUUGUUGAACAAACAGUUAAAGAACAUUAAUUACACCGGUGGUGGAACGUACACGAGGGGUGCGUUGUUGGAAGCGUUUAGAAUUCUGGAGAAGGGUCGACCGAAUGCGAGGAAGGCAGUGUUUCUUAUAACAGAUGGGUUUAGCAACGGUGGUGACCCUCGACCUGCGGCGAACCUUCUGAAAAGUGCAGGUGCAACGAUCUUCACUUUUGGAAUACGAACGGGAAACGUGGACGAACUUCACGAUAUAGCUAGUUAUCCUGGAUAUACGUAUAGUUACUUUCUCGAUAGUUUUUCCGAAUUCGAAGCUCUUGCUCGACGAGCUUUACACCGAGAUUCGAGAACGGGCAAAUACGUGCCAGUGACAUAUCCAGAUAAUUGCAAUCUCCUAUGCAGGAAUAUCAGCGAAGGAAACGAGCGGAAUUGCUGCGAUAAUUUCGCGACCUGCACUUGCGGAACCACUACCGGUCAUUACUCUUGCCUUUGUCCCACAGGAUAUUUUGGCUCCGGUUUCAGAGAUUCUUGUCACCCUUGUCCAAACGGAACGUAUGCUUCCGGCGAAAUUUCUGGAGAUUCAACGUCCAUGUGUGUACCAUGUCCCGAUGCCAAUCAUGUCACUGUCAAAAUACCUGCAACUUCCGUGGAGCAUUGCGUUUGCGGUUCUGGGUUUACCACAGAUGGUCACAAAUGUGAAGUUAUAACGUGUCCAAAAUUGAAAAUACCCGAAAAUGGAUAUUUGGUGAAAGCUAGCGCAUGCAACAAUGUUGUGCACGCAGCCUGUGGUAUAAGAUGCAGAAUCGGUUUUUAUCUCAUAGGUGAUAGUAUUCAGCUUUGUGGGAAGGAUGGAAGUUGGUCUGGUAAUGAACCAAAAUGUUUACUGAAAACUUGUCCAGCACUUCGUGUUCCUGCUCAUGGGCGUAUGCGUUGUCAAAAUGAAGAGGAUCAGCACCGGAUCAGAGAUAAUUCUACAGCAUAUCCGAUCGAUACUCGUUGCCAAUUCAGAUGUGAAAUCGGUUAUCAGCUUCGCGGCAGCAAAAUUCGUAACUGCCUUCCAUUAGCACAAUGGGAUGGACUUAAAGCUACUUGCAAAGCCAUAAAAUGUGAACCAUUGAAGCAAAUCGCAAACGGUCAAAUUUCUCCCAAAAUUUGUUCCGGACCAGAAAAAGUACCGUUCGGAACAAACUGUACAAUUACAUGUAAAAAGGGUUUCGUACUCGAAGGACCAAAAAGUAAAACUUGUGGUGGACGUUCUGGUAUUUGGAGUCAGCGUCGAACCGUUAAUCGUUGUGCAGAUAAGACACCACCCUCGAUAACGUGUCCGCCUGAUAUUAUCACAGAAAAUCUGCCAGGAAAGAAUUAUGCUUACGUUAAUUGGACAAUUCCCACGACAGUUGAUAACGUAGACGAAUCACCGACAUUAUGGAGUAAACCGUAUAUUAGCUUUCCAUGGAAAGUAAAAAUUGGUACACGCACGGUGGUGUAUGUAUCGCAAGACUCAUCUGGCAAUAAAGCUAGAUGCAAAUUUAAAGUUAAAGUUCUUGAUAAAGAACCACCCAUGAUUGAGAAUUGCAUAAACCCCCCAAUAUUUUACACUGAUAAUGGAAUUGGCGUAAAUAACGUAACCUGGGAUGAACCUGGGUUCUACGAUAACUCGAGAACGCCUGUCCAGGUUGAACAGAACUAUAGUCCUGGAGAAAACAUGUUUCCUAUUGGAUUGACGAAAGUCGUGUACAAUGCUAUUGAUAGGUUUGACAACAAUGCGAGUUGUGUGCUAAACAUUACUAUAAAAGAUAUCUGUGAAGAAGUUCCAAAGAUACUAAACAGCUACUCAAGAUGUUCUAACUUGACAAACGACACUAGUGAAUGUACAGUAAAUUGCGAAGAGGGAUUUGGAUUUGCAACCGAGGACUCGAACCAUCAAAUCGUGGAAGACAUUUUGUUACUGAAGUGUGACACGAACAGUUCCAGUUGGACUGAGGAACAUUAUAUCCCUGACUGCUCAGAAUCGUGUGCUCCUAAAACAGUGUCUCAAGAAGGAAGCAUUGUCUUAGAAGGAAACGUUUCGAUCGUUUGCGAUAAUCAAACUACCCUUCGCGAACUCAGCAAAUAUAUUACCGCCGACUUGAGGUCAACAUUACUAGAUAUUUGUGGAAACGACAUCGAGUGCAAUCUCAUCACCUUCGACCCUGAAUGUGAAGAAAAUAUUUCAACGAUUUAUUCAAACUUGACAAGAAAACGAAGAGAAUUUGAUUACUAUAACAUUCCUGAUGUUGAACUCCACCCAAUCAAGAAUCCUAUCGAUAACAAAUUAAAACGAAGUACCAAUUCAAAUAUCAAUAAAACCAAAUCAAAAAUGAAGAAGAAGAAGGAUAAAAUUGAAAUAAAAUUCCAAUUUUUAGGAAAAAUAAUUGAAGAAAACGUUGACAAUCCACGAGAAGGUGUACAAAAGUUGAGACAGAAAAUCGAGUCGAUGUCUGAGUCUGGAAAAUUGAAUUUGUUAAAUGAUAAGACGAAUCAAGAAAUUGCGAAGCUGGCGUUAAACUUGCAUGUUGUGUUCAAGAAUUUCCAGGAGAUUUGCGAUCCAGGGACUGUUUUGAAAAAACACACUUGUGUGAAAUGUCCAUUGGGUACUUUCUUUAAUUCGGUGACUAAACGUUGUCAGUCGUGUCCUUUCGGCGAAUACCAGGACACAACUGGUUCCUUAAAAUGUAAACGCUGUCCGGAAUACACUUUCACAAAGAAAGUUCACUCGAAGUCUUCACGGGACUGUUUACGUAUAUGCAGACCAGGGUACUAUUCCCGAAGGAAACGUUAUCAAGUUGCACGUUUCACUCUCGAGCCUUGUUUAAUGUGCAAUAUUGGAUUUUAUCAACCUGAGUACGGACAAACUCAUUGCCUUCCGUGUCCACCUGAUACAACCACAAAAUAUCGUGGAACGAAGGAUCGAAGUGAUUGCUUGCCACUGUACGAAAUUGAAAAUGGUAUUUGUCAAAGGGAAUCGUGUUUGAACGGUGGACAGUGUAUGCAGGAAGAGGACAGUUUCAGUUGCGAAUGUCUGAACUAUUAUAUCGGUUCAAAAUGUGAAACAUUUCAAAAUCCUUGCGAUUCUUCCCCAUGUCUGAACGAAGGAGCAUGCAGCCUGCAAACUUUCGCGAACGGUACAGUUUGUUACACCUGCAGCUGCAAGAGCGGAUAUUCAGGAAGUAACUGUGAGUUAUACAUUGACGAGUGCGCUGUUAAUCCUUGUCGAAACAACGGUACUUGUGUGAGCACCGAAAAUGAUUACACAUGCGAAUGCAAACAUGGCUUUGAAGGGGAGUUUUGUGAAACCGCCGUGAAUUACUGUGACCCUUCACCUUGCAUGGAAGGAUCUACCUGUAGAAAUGUUAACGAUACCUGGCAAUGUAUUUGCAAACCCGGUUUUCUGGGUCGUUAUUGCAAUUUGUUGCCUUGUGAUUGGAUACCGUGUAAUGGCAAUUCGUACUGCGUGAAUGUGGAGGAGCAAGAUGCAACAAGAUUGAGUUACAGAUGCGAAUGCGUGGAAGGAUAUACCGGAGAAAAUUGUACAACAAAGAUUGACCACUGUAAAAGUUUUCCAUGUUUGAAUAAUGGGACCUGUGUUAGCAAGAUUUUCAAUUACACUUGCAUUUGUUCUGUUCCCUUCACAGGACGCCAUUGUGAGACAGAAUUGUCGUCCGAUUAUGUCAUACAGUUUUCUAAAUCAGGAACGACGGACUAUGUUAGUAUGAGCGGUCCUGCAGCGAAUCUUUUAGAGUUGACGACAUGCUUAUGGCUGCAGUCAAAGGAUACAUUUAACUACGGUACGGUGUUAUCCUACGCAACAAGUUAUUACGAUAACGCGUUUACUUUAACCGACUAUAAUGGACUGGUCAUAUAUAUCAAUGGUCAGAAAGUGGUGACUGAUAUUAAAGUAAACGAUGGUCAUUGGCAUUUUAUUUGCAUCACCUGGGAAAGUCAAAAUGGCUCUUGGAACGUGUACAUUGAUGGACUUUUGAGAGACAAUGGAACUCAUUUGGCAAAAGGGACAGUAAUUCAAGGUAGUGGAACCCUAAUAAUCGGUCAAGAACAAGAUCGCGUCGGAGGUGGAUUUUCGGAGUUGGAAUCCUUUCUAGGAAAAUUAACACUGCUGGAUGUUUGGAGCACAGUUUUAAAAAUGACAGAUGUGAAGCAUUUGUUCAACACCUGCGACAAAUACAAUGGUAACAUAAUUGCAUGGUCACAGGUGCAAGAACAUAUCCACGGCGAUGUCGCGAUAUUAGGCAGUCCGUUUUGCCGCGGUUGUCCUUUGCCAGUUGUACCAUUCAAAGGUAACAUAAAUGUCAGCGACGAUGCACUGGAAAUCACCUAUUAUUGCGACAAUGGCUACAUGGUGCGAUUUUAUGGCAAAGAGUAUCGAUCUUUAAGAAUUAAGUGUCUUAAACAAGGACAAUGGGAGGGAUAUUACACACCUGUUUGUACCAGAAGAAAAUGUGGAUUUCCCGGAUAUUUUCCACGAGGUCGUAUGCACGGUAGAUCAUUUUUAUUCGGGGAUGAGAUACGUUAUUCUUGCUUAAUUGGUUACGAGCUCCGAGGAAAUCCACGUAGAGUUUGUAAUGCCGACGGAAAAUGGAGUGGAUUACCUCCGAUCUGUAUAGGGAAAACGUGUAGGAAUUUAUUGGCUCCAGAAAAUGGCGACAUCGAGUACGUGAUAGAAGAAUAUGAAAGAGACGAUCUUUCUAUUCUACAGGUAGGGCAACAAAUCGAAUUCAAGUGCGACGUCGGAUUUCACAUAGUAGGAGAAAGAUUCCUAACAUGUCUGGAAUCUGGACUGUGGGAUAACGAGAGGCCCACGUGCGUGCCUGAUGGAUGUCCACCUCCAAAGAAGAUUCAGCAUGGCUAUGCAAUCUCUGAAAACUCGAACAAUCUGCAAGAAACAUCCACCAGAAGUUUUACAUUACAAGUCGCAAAUAACACAUUCGACAGAAAUUAUUAUGUUGACGAAGUUAUUGAAUACAGUUGUCACCCAGGAUAUAAGUUUGAGGGCAAUCAUAGUUUGAACGAAUUUAAACUUAGGUGUAUUGAGAAUGGUACUUGGAUUGGAUUCAUUCCUGAUUGUGUACCUUUAAAAUGUCCUUGGCCCAGCGCUGUGAAAAGAGCUAGAAUACUUUUGAAAACGAGAAACAAUGAUACCAUUGAACUUUUUAAGAAAACACCACAUAAUUUUACAAAUUUGGAAUUUACGUCAGAAACGAGCGAGGAUAGUUUUGAGGAGAACGAAUUUUUGGAAGAGCAAUUUGUUGUUGGGUCAGAAAUUCUGGUAAAGUGUGAUGUGGGAUAUAAGAUAAUUGGAGAUGAUGUUAGAAUUUGUAUGGAUAAUGAAGAAUGGUCGUCGAUGUCUUCAUAUUGUGAACCUCAGGAAUGCUCUCUAUCAAAUCAUCCAGUUUUUCGACAUUUUAAUGAGAUGAAUCAAGACAAUUACACAGAUAGUACAAGAAAUAAUCAAAACAUUAAAUGGAACAACAGAGAUUAUUUCAGUGGCUCUUACGAGAACAUAGAAUACUUUGUAGAAGGCUAUACUUACAUGAAGAGAAUAAUUCUUAGUUGCAAAAAUAAUAUAGAAGUCAAACUAAACAAUGAGGACAUUGAUGAACCUGUUUUUAACUUAACAUGGUUUUGUAAUGAACAUGGUAAAUGGGAAAUAACUAAUUUAAAAUUGAAUACUACUACAAUUGAAGAUUUAUUUAACAAUAAAAUGAAUGAUAUUUGUAAAGAUCUUAUGUGUGAUCCAGUCACAAUUCCAGAAUAUGGAUACAUUGUUAAUAGCAAUUAUUCGAGAAUAAUUAACAGCAUCAUUACAUUCAAAUGUCAUCAAGGUUAUAUUAUUGAUGGAAAUCAAACGUCUGUUUGUUUAACAAACGGUACUUGGUCUGCUACUCCUUCUUGCAAACCUGUAGCAUGUGGAAAACCACCUAAACUUACAAAUGCAGUGCUGGCUGUGGAAAUAGCAAAUUUUACAUUUGGUGAUAUAAUCACUUAUAAAUGUUUGCCGGGAUAUAUAAUGUUUGGACAACCGAAUAUGAGGUGCCUUGCUAAUGGAAAAUGGUCUAGAGCAUUUAGCAAAUGUUCCAGACUUUCGUGCAAUAAACCAAAACUUCCAGCCGGUGUUACCAUUCGUGGUCGCUCAUACUUGUAUCAAGAUCAGUUAACUUAUGUAUGUCCUGAUGGUAAAAAGCAAGGAUUAAUUACAUGUAAAGCAAAUGGGCAGUGGAGUGAUCCACCCAUUUGCGACAGGCUUUAG